CCGCCCUCUUUCUCCUCGCGCCUGCGCAGAGGGGGCAGGCGCGAAUGGGCCGUGGGGUCAUUCUUCUCAGUCCCGCCUCCCCGCCAAGGGCCGGGAGAAGAUGGCGGCCGCCUGCACCUGCUUGGGCCUGGUGUUGGUACUGUGCGUCCUGGUGGCCGCCGCCUUCGGGGCGGAAGAGGCGAAGGGAAGCCCGACCAAGCACGCGGCGAAAAAGAAGGACAUUCGGGACUACAAUGACGCCGACAUGGCGCGGUUGUUGGAGCAGUGGGAGAAAGAUGAUGAUAUAGAAGAAGGAGACCUUCCUGAGCAUAAGCGUCCAUCUGCGCCAAUAGACUUCUCCAAGAUUGAUCUGGGCAAGCCUGAGAAUAUCUUGAGGAUGACAAAGAAAGGGAAGACUCUUAUGAUGUUUGUCACUGUGUCGGGAGAACCUACAGAAAAAGAGACAGAACAAAUUACAAAUCUAUGGCAGGGAAGUCUUUUCAAUGCUAACUAUGAUGUACAAAGGUUUAUUGUCGGAUCAAAUCGUGCCAUCUUUAUGCUGCGUGAUGGAAGUUAUGCGUGGGAGAUCAAAGACUUUCUAGUAAAACAGGAGAGGUGUGCGGACGUAACUUUGGAAGGUCAGUUGUACCCUGGUAAAGGAGCCAAGGAAAGCGAAGAAGUAAACAAGAUCAAGCCUCAAAAAUCCGAAAAGAAAAAAGAUACAGAAAAGAAAACUGGAUCCCUCAAAAAUGACAACCGUGCAACCAAACCAAAAGAAGAUCUAUGAUAAGUUAAUUGGACUGAACUCUGUAAAGGAGGGCAGGCAAGGGGUUGGGGUGGCAAGUUCAGAAGGAGAAAAAUAAGGUGGCUUUUUGAGUUUCAAAUACUGAUGAUCAAGGAAGCCGUUUACUUAUUAAUGAGAGAUGCUUAGUAACACCAGUGUUAAUGCUUAACAUCAGUGGAUUGCCUCUUUUAUAUUGUGGCUUGUUUACUUUCAAGCAGUUGGUUUUCAAGUUUAACUUCAGUAUUAUGGACUUUGCUCCAAAGAAAGAGAGGAGGAGUGUCUGUACUGUUUGAAGUACUGUUGCCAGCUAUUUUGGAGGGGUCAGUGCUAUGAAUGGUUAAUAAUUGGUGAUGAGUACUUGAGAAAUAAGGUUUUCUAUGAGUUUCUACCUUUCCAAUAUUUUCAUUAAUGAAAAUAAAUGAUACACUUUGAGAA